AUGGAUGCAGGUCUUUGUUUCGAGAUGUUUGAGAAGAAACUGACGUGGCAUGACGCUAAGACCAAAUGUGAAGAGGAAGAGGGCAGACUUGUCGUAUUGAAGAACUCCAAACAAACUGAAACGCUAAUGAAUCUGGAACAAGGUAACCUUUACAGGAAAGUAUGGAUAGGUUUGACAGUUCAUGGAAAGAACAGUAUCUGGAAGUGGCUAGAUGGAACAACUUUCAACUCCUCGAUCUGGAGUCUGAUAGAUUUCAAUGGUGAAAGCUCUACAUACCCGGAAGAGGUGAACACUGCUGACUGUGGAUCAAUUAGUCGGAUUCGCAAAUAUCUGACCGACGACAAUUUUAAGCUUGCCAGUCUCUUUGUUUGUGAACGACCACAGUUACUUUGA